AUUACGACACCAAAUCGAAGAUGGACGUCGGAUCGAAAAACGAAGAAUAUUUUCAUAUAAUUUCAAGUGACAGUGAGGAAGAUGUUAGGUCAUCAUCUAAAAAUAGAAAAGAUAAAAAGAAACACAAGAAACAUAAGCACAAGCACAAGCAUGAUAAGACGUCAGACAAGCACAGACAUAAACACAAGAGGAGAAAAACAAGAGACAAUAGAUCAGAUGAAGAGAAUGAGUAUAUAAAUGAAUCAAAACGUCGCAAGAUGGGGAAUGAAUCUGAACUUGGUAAUGAGGCGGGUUUUGAAGAAUCUGAUUUAGAGAAAUUGGAAGCUGCAAGAGCAGCUCUCAGGGCAGAGUUGAAUGGUGUCUCCGAUGAUAGGUAUGAUGCUCUGUUAGAGGAGCAGUAUAAUGCUCUAAGUGCUCAAUUAAAGGAGUAUUCUGACCAGCAGGCCGACUCUGGUAAUGAAAGACCUGAAAAAUAUGAUGAUCACAUUGAAUCUGCAGAUUUCUUUCGACCAGAGUUACAACUUGCUAUAACUAUUAAAGGUGAUUCCCGCGAUGAAAGCCGGUCUGUUGCCGGUAGAGGAUCUAGUGGAAGCUCCAAACGAAAUAGGAACUAUAGAGAAGAAACAAGUAGAUCUCAGGGUGACUUUGGUGAUAGUAACGUAGAUGUUGUAGGGAUGAAUAAAUCUGCAUCAAUCAAUCUGAUUGCAGAUUAUGGCUCCAAUGAAAACAGUGAUUCAGAAGAGGAAGGGGAAAUAGGUCAUGAAGAAGUUGGUAAAGAUGACCUAGCUGAUGAACUUUUAGAAUAUGCUAUGAAUGAAGAUGAAUAUGCAAGAAAGUAUAGACCUGAAAGUUCUGGCCAUAGAAAAGAGGAAACAUUUAAAAGCUUUGAAAGAGAAUAUGAAGAAAUACGUAAAAGGAGAGAGAGAGAAAAAGAAAAGAAAAAAGAACGUGAAAGAAAGGAAAAGGAAAGAGCUGAAAGAAAAGAAAAAGAAAGAAGAAAAGAAAAAGAAAAGAAAGAGGCACGAAGAAAGGAGAAGGAAGAUGCCAGAAGACAAAAGGAAAGCCAAAGAGCAGCAGAGAAAAUUGCUGAAAGAGAAAAGGAAAGAUCAAGAUCGAAGUCAAGAAAUGUUGAUUCCCGUCAGGAAUUUCACGAGGAAAGGAGGAGAGAGUCUCGUCUUGAAGAUCAUCGUAGAACUGAGAGUUAUCAACGUUUGGAGGAUCGCCACAGAAUGGAGGAUCUACGAAGACAGGAGGAUAGGGAGAGUAGGAUGAGAGAUAGGGAGAGAGAUAUAAACAGGGGUCGUGACCUGCCAAGAGACCCUAGAAGAGACCGAAGUUCUUCCCAUGGAUGGCGAAGGUCAAGAGAUCGACAGAUCAGUCCACAAAGGCGCGGUCAAGGUCGACGGUCAAGGUCACGAGAUAGAAGAAGUCGGUCACGGGAUCGUAAGAAACAAGAAGAUCAAGAUAAGUUUAAGGGCAGUUUGUCAGAGGGUUUGUUUGUACAGAAGGAGCAAUCUUCUGAUGAGGAAGUUGUUGACGUUGAUCCAGAUGAAGAAGAAGAUGAAGAGACGUUAAUUGAAAGGCGAAGAAAAGAAAGAGAAGCACUUUUACAGAAACUAAAGCAAAGUGAAGAUCCAGAGAUUCAGCCACAGUCAAAUUUAGUGAACCAGUCUGUAGAAGAGACUGAAGAAACGCAGAACCAGUCCACAGGUAUUAUCAUAGACAUGGGACCAGUCCAGCCCACACAGCAACAACAACAACAACAAGAUAUACCAGUUGAAGGUCCACAGAGUCCAGAUGCCCCCGCUAGUCCCCAGAUAUCGACCAGUGACAGUUCAAGCAGCUCAUCAUCAUCUUCAUCAUCAUCGUCAUCAUCAUCAGAUCAUAGUGAUACUGAAAAAAUAGAAAGACAAAAACUUGAUAAUAAGAAAAAGAAAACAGAAAGAAAAAUGAAAAUUCCAGAUGAAGAUGUAGAUAAGAAACCUUUGGAUAGAGAUUCGAGUUAUAGAACUAAAGUGUUAAGUGAGAGUGAAGAUCUAUAUAGGGAAGGUAGCAAAGAGAAAUAUAUAAGUGGAAGAAAAGAAAGAAAAGACGAAGAAAGUGAUAAAAGUAAAAAGAAUGUUAAAGAUGAUAGGAAACUGGAGAAGAAAAAUAAUGACAGUGAAGAAGAGUUAAGACAAAGGAUUAUGAAUAGAAUGAAAAAUGGGAGUAAGGAGACUAGCAGAAAUGAUGAAAGUGAUGAUGAAAGGAAAGAUAGAAAGAAGGACAAAAAAGGUGAUGAUAAGAGUGAAAGAAGAAGAAAGAGAGAUAGUAGUGAAGAGCUUGAGAAAAGUUAUAAAAAGAUCGAGAGGAAGAAAGAGAAGAGAAGAGAGGGUUCGCGGCACGAGAGAAGUGAUGGGCGAGAUGAUUCAAGGAGGAAGAAGUAUGAUGAUGACUAUUCAUCGGAUAGCAGUGACAAAAGAAAACAAGAAAGAUAUAGAGGAGGGGAGCGUACGAAAUCAAGAAGAGAUGGUGAUGAAGAUAGGUAUGAUAGCAAAAGAAGAAGCAGGAGAUACGAUGAUGAUGAUUAUUAUAGAAAAGACAGUCGCAAUAGAGACAGAAAAAGAACUUCUAAACGUUACAGUAGUUCUAGUGAAGAUGAAGAUAGGUCAAAUGAUAGGACUAAUAGAGGGAAAUCAGGUUCUAGAAAAGAUAAAGAAAGGUCUGAGCGAAGUAGUGAACGCAGUGAUAAAAAUAAAACAAAGGAGAAAUCUGAUAAGGAGGCCGAAGAGAAAAGUGAAGCUGUGGAAAGUGGUAAAGAUCUGAAGAUAUAUGAUAAUCUAGAAGAUGAAAAUACGACUGAUUUUGAAGAGACUGUAAAACAGAAACGAUUGUCCCUAGAAGGAUUUGAUGAAGAAGAGAGUAAGGAUGGUGAAGGGAAAGAAAAGUCGUCUAAAUGUGUGGACAUGUUCUCUGAAGAUGCAGAUAUGUUCUCUGAGAACUACAAUUCCCCAAACUUGUCAGCUUACAAGACAGGGAAGAAUGAGAACCCAACACUGAUGGACAACUGGGAUGAUGCUGAAGGCUAUUAUAGGGUUCGUAUUGGAGAGAUAUUAGAUAAACGAUACACUGUGUAUGGAUAUACCGGACAAGGAGUGUUCAGUAAUGUUGUACGUGCACGAGACCAGGCUCGAGGCAAUCAAGAAACUGCCAUCAAGAUUAUUAGGAACAAUGAAAUGAUGCAUAAAACUGGUUUAAAAGAGUUGGAGUUUUUGCGAAAGUUGAACGAUGCUGACCCAGAUGACAAAUUCCAUUGUCUGCGAUUAUACAGACAUUUCUUCCAUAAAAACCAUCUAUGUCUAGUGUUUGAGUCUUUAAGUAUGAAUCUACGUGAGGUGAUGAAGAAAUAUGGGAAGAAUAUUGGUCUUCACAUCAAAGCUGUGAGAAGUUAUUCACAACAAUUAUUGAUGGCACUCAAACUUCUGAAGAAAGCCAGCCUGCUACAUGCUGACAUUAAACCUGAUAAUAUUCUGGUAAACGAUUCGAAGUUACUGUUGAAACUUUGUGAUUUUGGUUCUGCGUCACAUGUAUCAGAGAAUGACAUAACACCGUACCUGGUCAGUAGAUUCUACCGAGCACCGGAAAUCAUCAUGGGAAAUGGUUACGACCAUGCCAUUGAUAUGUUUUCUGUUGGCUGCACAAUCUAUGAGCUUUAUACGGGGAAGAUUUUGUUCCCGGGGACGUCAAACAACGAGAUGUUGAAGUUUAUGAUGGAUGUGAAAGGGAAGAUACCAAAUAAAGUGAUACGUAAGAGUAUGUUUAGGGAUCAACAUUUUGAUACAAAUUUCAAUUUCCUAUAUCAUGAAGUGGAUAAAGUUACACACAGGGAUAAAAUUACUGUAUUAAGUACGAUAUCUCCAUCCCGAGAUUUGUUGGCGGAACUUGUUGGGUACCAGCGAUUGCCGGAGGACCAAAUGCGCAAAGUUAAACAACUGAAAGACUUGUUAGAAGGAAUUUUAAUGCUCGAUCCAGGCAAGAGGAUUUCAAUCAAUGCAGCCCUCGCUCAUCCCUUUAUACAGGAAAAGAUUUAAAGGGAGACAAUUCUGAUUUACUACAGACUCAGUUAGGGAACUUGAUUUAUUCUCAGAAUUACCAUGACGACCUGUUCUUCAAAAAACUUGUAUUCCUGAUAAUGUGAGAAAAGAUAAGUGCAAAAAGAAAACCAUUUAAAACCCACAAACAAAUAUGAAUGAAUUAAAAUACAAAUUUUACAGAU